AUGGUAAAGUUGAUAGUUAGUGACUAUUCUGACCAUGACAAUCCCUCGAGGUUUACGCUAGAAAAUAUCGAUGAAGAUUUUACAGUUGCACAGAUUAAAUUGUUACUAAUGAGAAAGACUGAAGAUGCAGACGUUGAGGAAUCCACUAAUGAUCAAGAGGCUGCAUGUAAGAUGUUUGUUCUUUACUCUGGAAACAGGUUAAUGGAUGAUGCUGAUACAAUAAGGAGCUAUAACACAUCUGGGAUUUCGGAAAUUAUUGUGUUUUUGUACAAGAAGGUAGUUGUGGACGUAGUCGUAAAGGUUUAUAGAGUAAUAACGUGUUGUGGAUUCUUAUUUGCACCGAUCAUUUCUGUAUUCAACACUCGAAAACUUUCUUUUGAAAUACUAGACCAAGCAUCUGUGAUGGAUCUAAAGAAUAUGAUACUAGAUGAGCUUCAAGCAUACAAGAAUAAAAGGGGAGGGCUUUUAUUAAUGGAGGAUUUGCUUUUAGUAUAUAAUGGAUACGAAAUUGAUGAUGACUUAUUAUCGAUAAAUGAAAUUUGUUUUGACAAGAAACUACUAUGCCUAAGGCUAUAUAUCCCUUUUGAAUAUAAAAGGAAGGGUUAA